UUUUCACAUUCAUUUCUUUCGUUACCUAGUUUUAUUUUAUUACAAAAUAUUCUUCGUUGUAUUAUUAGAUUUUGGAGAUAAAUUAUAAAAUUAAUCUAUUGAUUAUACCCUUUAACUAGAAGCUAUUUCUUUUUUUUUUUCAGAUAAAAAACGCAUGAUUUUUGAUUUUUCGUCGUCGUCGUCUUCUUCCGCCUUGAGUUCUACACCAAAACAAGAUUGCAACUUUCUUGUUGCAAGAAAAAGGAAUUUAUUUUCCUUUUCUUCAGCAGGAAGUAGUAACACUAGUGAGAGCGAGGUGGAAUAUAACGUUGAGGCUAUUGGAGUUGCGAGAACAGAAGCUUAUAAAUUGUCCAAUAUUCCUCCGCCUCCUAUUCCAACCGCUGCUAGCACAUUGGAACGCGUCAUCAUAUCGUUUACAGCAUUAUGUGCCAGUUUUAAACUGGUCGGAUUAAUGGCAGCUAAUGAGGUUGGACGCACUGAAGGUCUAGAUUUGAUGUUGCUUUCUAUGUGGACUUGGUUUAUAUAUUCAUUCGGUUUCCCGUUUUCGAAUAAUAAGGAGAAACUCUUUCAUAGAUUAUGGGGAACUGAUGAGAACCUUUAUAGAAAUGAUGUCGAUGAUGGCGCAUUUUAUGGUACAUUGUUGAUUCCAAUUGUAGCUGCGGCAAAAAUAAUAGACACUCAACGUUCAUCACAGUCAUCAUCAUCAACUCCUGAAUAUAAUGACUCUUCUAUGGAUGUUGUUCAGGUUAAUUUUGAGCUUUGUUUCAUUAUGGGGUGCGGUCUUAUAUUUCAUAUGUUUAUGUCCAAGCAUAUAAAAACCAAUUUGGGAACAAUUUGGGCUAUAACCAUAAUUACAAUAUUAUCGAUAAUAUUCACCGCUUUUAUAGCAGCUAUGGGAUUCUUACCACUUAUUCAAAGAUUACCUUCGGAUUACAUUAUAUUUUCACAACUUUUCUAUCAAAUUUCAUUAUAUUCAAUUGCAAGAUUAAUGAAAAAGAGUUUUACUUUCGGUGAAUUAGCAGUUGUUUCACAAAUAUUAACGUUAGUUGCUGUUGAAGCUUGGGUAAUAACAAUUAAUAAGUUUAAGUUGCUUAAGAUUACACCUCUAGAAAAUCAUGUACCGAGUAGUUUAAUUACCUUUCAAAAUGCUCUUGUACUUGGUAUGCUAUUGAUAGGAAUGAUUUCAUCACCAUUUCUCAUACAUUCGAGAUACUUAGCGCAGCAACGGUCUUGGAAAAGUAAACGUGCCCAUAUUCGUAAUAAUAAUAACGGGAAGAAAAGAAUGGCUCUCGUUAUUUAUCUUAUUAGCGUAAUUAUUGUUGGUUUAGUUGGACUUUGGGUACAAAGUCUUUUAGGCAGAAAUCCUUAUUUAUGGAUAUUUGCAUUUGUUAUUGAGACAAGAGUACGAAUAUUUUUGUGUAUAUUUUGGAUAGUUUUAAUUGCAAUAUCCCUUGUUUUAUUUAACCAAAUGGGGCAAACACGUAAAACUUAUUCUUUAAAUUCGAAACGAAAAUAUUUUCAUUUCCUAGCAUUAGUUAUGUUUAUACCAGGAUAUCUUUAUGAGCCAGAAUUUAUGCAUUUAGCAUUUAGUGUAGCGUUUGCUGCAUUAAUUUAUUUGGAAUAUUUGAGAUACUUUGCUGUGUAUCCUAUUGGAAAACAACUCCAUAUGUUCCUUAGUGAAUUUUUAGAUUCUCGUGAUUCAGGACCUUGUAUUUUGAGUCACAUAUAUUUACUUAUUGGAUGUGCUGGAUGUAUUUGGUUAGAUGGGUCUUUUAUAUUAGCAAAUCUUUCUGGUAUUUUUACUCUAGGUCUUGGCGAUUCAAUGGCAUCAAUAAUUGGAAAGCGAUAUGGAAGAAACAGAUGGCCCAAAUCUUGUAAAACUAUUGAAGGAUCUAUUGCAUUUUUUGUUUUCCUUUUUAUUGGGGCUUUUAUAUUAGUUAACAUCUCAUCUUCACCUAACAUGUGGCCGGGUUCUUCUGCACAAUGGUUCAAAUAUGCACUAGCAGUCUUAACAACUGCUCUUUUGGAAGCAGCAUCAUUUCAAAAUGAUAAUCUUAUACUUCCACUAUUCAUGUGGUCUUUUUUAAAUAUCCAAAUGUGAACUUUUUUUUUUUUU